UGAUUUUUUGCUGUCUUAUGCGCGUAACUGGAAACAGAAAGCCACACUCUGUCCUUUUCCUUUUCUGUUUUGGGGUGACCCAGUACAGUUCCUGCACGUAUAACAAAAGCAAACACCAAAAGCUCGCUUUUUUAUUUUUUGUGAGGAUUGUGCACCCACUGAGUGAGUGGUUCUUUGGAAUUUCUGACCCAAUUUUGCAGCAGAUUGCUUCUUUUCUUUCCUUUGCGAGAUUUUCAUGUUUCUCUUGUCCCAUUGGAAGGUCCAUAAAUUCUCCGUGUGGUGUGAAGUCUUUUUACUUGUUUGAAAAGCGUGUACAGUUUCACACUCUAGUUCUCCUCUUUUCUAAGCAAACCAAUCUUUUUCAUUUGUUUGUGAAGUUUUUUCUCUUCCUCAAAACACCCCUUUCCUGCAAGAUCCCAUUUGCACUUUCUUCUUUCUCACAAAAUCUGAUUCCUGAAUUUUGGUUGGGUUGAGAUUCUGUUGUGGUAACUGGUAAGUGCUUGCUUUAUUCAUCGAUUUGUUCUUCGUUUUGAUAUAUAUGCUAAUGGAUCUUCUUAGUAUUGAUGGAAUUUGGCAAAUAGUUUUUUAUUUAACGAUUGAAAUUUCGUCUAGCUUUCUUAAUUUUCGUGGGUUUUGAAUGAUAAUAUUUUCGCCCUGUGGUUCUCGAAUGAUUGUUAAUCGAAGGGUGGUUGUGCUGUACUUGAUUUCUGUGUUCUGGGUUGGUGAUGGGUUCAAUAAGCAAGGUUUAGAAUGGCAGAAAGUAUGAGGUGUUCUUCAAUGAUAUCUCGUAGUAAAAGCGAUCAAAUAGCAAUGAAGGAGACACUUCGUGCCCAGCAGCAACUUCUGGAAAAGCUAUAUGCUGAGUUGGAUGAGGAAAGAGAAGCUUCAGCUACUGCAACGAGUGAAGCAUUGGACAUGAUACUGCGUUUGCAGGGAGAGAAGGCUGUGGUGAAGAUGGAGGCCAGUCACUACAAGAGAGUGGCAGAAGAGAAGAUAGGCCAUGCUGAGGCCUCUCUCGAGGCUUUUGAGGAACUUAUGUAUCAGAAGGAAAUGUUAAUUGUGUCUCUCGAAUUUCAAGUCCAGGCUUAUAGACACAAACUUAUGAGCUUGGGGUGUGAUCUUAGUACUAAUGAGUUUGAGUUCCAAGAGGAUCUCCUUCUGAAUAGAAGUGAUAAAAGAAAUGGAGAAAAUGGGGGUCAGAGUAGCACUGUUAGAAGGCUACAUUCAAUGCCUGCAAUUCAGUUUCUAAGUUCCCUGAGAGCUGCUACCAGGGAAAGAUCACCUAGUCCAGUUCUUGAUGUGAUUCCUAAGAUAAUAGAGGAGGAGAGUACUGACAAGGAAGUAGCUCAAUCGGGCUUGGAUUUGUCAAGAAAGGCAGUUGAAUGUUCAGGUGGUAGUGGAACUCUUGAUUCUUAUUUGAACCAGAUAAAGGAGUUGAAUGAACAAGUGAAGAUCAUUUCAGAUUGUGCUGAAGGAGAAAAGAGUGCAAAUUUGAGUAGUAGAAGAGGGAGGUCCUAUUCAGUUUUAUCCCAGGCUAGCAUUGAUCAAGUUAGUCAAGGUGAAAGUACACAUAAUGGAGGAGUUGCUAAUGAUUCUCCUUGUUUGCAUAAUGUCUAUGAUGUAUAUGAAGUCCCACAAACUAGUGAAAAGCAUGAGAAAUGGAAUUUGGAUGCAGAGAACAGAUUAAGAAAACCAGAUUCUGAAUAUCAGGGAAUGGUUGAAAAACCUGUUAAACUUGGCGCAGCAGAAAAGAGAAAGAGUAUGUUUAAAGUGUAUAGUGAAAUAAAAACUCCUUUUCCUACACUUAUGAUGACAGGCAAUGACCAUAAAAAAGAAGGGAUGAAUGAAGUUUACAAUUCUCAAGCUGAGUUUCGUAAGCUGAAUCAGAGAAUUGAGAGGCUUGAGAAGGAGAGAAUUACUGCAAAGCAAGAGAUUACCCGUGAAGGGAAUGAUGAAGAACAGUUGAGACUGUUAAAGGACAUACAAAGUCAACUCCAAUCAAUACAAUCAGAGAUGAGAGACUUGAAAUCCAAAAAAGCUGCUCCUAAGGACAACCUGUCUUUGGCUUCUCUCCAAGAGGCAAUGUUGCACUUUUGGCUUUGAUGAAGUACCUGCAGAAUGACCAUCUUACAAAAUCAAUCAACUCACUGCAUUACAUGUACAUACGGUUUGUAUACACAAUUUUGCUUUUUGGGUAAUGAAGUUCUUACAAAAAGAUAGAAUUAUGUAUUCAUUUUGAUAAUGGUUUCUGUACAUAAGGACAGACAUAUCCUUACAAAGAUACAGCUGAUCGAGUUCUUGAGAUCUGACACUCAAAUCAGUUUUAUGGUAUUUUAGUAGACUUUUAUCUCAAUAGACCUAGAUUAACUGGGUCCAUUAUUUCUUAAUACCUAAUUGCCAUUAUUUUUCAUAGCUUUUUAUCGAUUGAGAUAAUCUUGUUUAGGCAAAUAAACCUAAAUGAAAUCUAUUAAUAGAUUGGGGUUUUGGCAAUCAUAAACUCACUACAGUGACGGUAUGAAACACUGUUAUAUGGAAGUGGAUGUAAAUGAAUGCCCUCAAUUACUCUUGUUGGUUUAUUUUAUUAACGAUGUGGGAUUUCUCUCUUCAGUUUCACCCUUUAGUUGAAUAUUAACCAGUUUUAUCAUGAUAGUUAAUUCAGUUUUUGAAAGACUUUUAAUUCCGGAAUAAGUGAAAAAUCCUCAUGUUAUUAUAAUAUAGAGCUCUUCUCCCUCACCUACACCCCUCACUUUCUCAUUUUUUUUUCUCAUUUUCGAAUUCAGCCUCCCCAUAUCUUUUCUUUUUCAUUUUUCAUCCGUUUUCACUUUUUUUUCUCGUUGAGUGAGAAAGGGAGGAGGAAGGAGGCGCACGAGAGAUAAAAUGAAAACCACAAGUGAAAAAUUAAAGAGAAGAACUGUUGGAGAAAUAAAAUUGAAAGUGAGAAAGAGAAUAAAAAAGUGAAGGAGUACAGGGUUUCUUCUAACCUUCGAGAGAAUCUUUUCAGUAAAAAAAAAAAUUAAUGUGUCAUAUUCU